GCCAAACGCGCGUUAUACUCUUUUCCAGAAAUGGGGAAGAGACCGCCGAUUCCACCGGACAUCGAAAACGCACCACCAUUACCACCACCACCAUCGCGACCGCAGUUUCGCCCUCCCGUUCCCGUGCCAUGGUACGCAUGGCUCGUGCCUCUCAUUUUGGCAGCUAACUUCAUCAUAUUCGCCACCACAAUGUACGUGAACGAUUGUCCCGCGAGAUCAGACGAGUGUCUCUUGUUUGAUGUUCUUGGAAGGCUUUCGUUUCAACCGCUUAAGGAGAAUAUGCUUCUCGGUCCUUCCAUUCCCACGCUGAGGAAACUCGGAGCUCUCGAAAGGAGACUUGUGCAGGAAGGUGAGAAAUGGCGUCUCAUCUCUUGCAUAUGGCUUCACGGUGGGCUUCUUCACUUGAUGGCUAACAUGAUCAGCCUCCUCUGUAUCGGAAUGCGUCUUGAACAAGAAUUCGGAUUCUUGAGAAUCGGAGCUUUGUAUGUGAUCUCCGGGCUCGGUGGAAGCCUGAUGUCUUGCUUGACAGAUUCCCAAGGAGAACGUGUAUCAGUAGGAGCAUCGGGGGCUUUGUUUGGGUUACUCGGUGCAAUGCUCUCAGAGCUAAUCACAAACUGGACAAUCUAUGAAAACAAGUGUACCGCACUUAUGACAUUAAUCUUGAUCAUUGCACUGAACCUAAGCGUCGGUUUCUUACCGCGUGUGGAUAAUUCUGCUCAUUGUGGAGGAUUCUUAGCCGGUUUUUUCCUCGGCUUUGUCCUUCUUCUCCGUCCGCAGUACGGAUACGUGAACCCAAAGUACAUUCCUCCUGGUUAUGACAUGAAACACAAGAAACCAAAACACAAGUGUUAUCAACACAUCUUCAGGUUUACAUCCCUAGUCAUCCUUCUUGCAGGAUUCAUUGCGGGAUAUACUAAGCUUCUCAGAGAACAUACCGUAAAGAGCGUGCCAUUCAGAGAUUUCAAUUAGCAGCA